AUGGAAGGAGCCAAAACUUAUAUUAGAGGACUUCAAAAUUUUACUGAGAGUAUACACAAAUGUACAAGUCUUGAAAAAGAAAAAGAGUUAGUCAAUUGUGAAUUAGCAAAGAUUCGUAAAGAAUUUAAAGAAGGCAAAAUCAGUUCAUAUGAUAGAAGAAAAUGUGUAUUAAAAAUGGCAUAUAUUGAAGUACUUGGAUAUGAGGUUGAUACUGGAUUUGUUGAAGUUAUUCAAUUAUUAGGAAGUAGUAAAUAUUUUGAUAAACAUGUUGGAUAUUUAGUAUUUGUAUUAUUAUUUUCAAAUGUUCCAGAGUCAACAAGAAUGAUUAUCAAUACAUUACAACAAGACUUAGAAAAUAAUUUAGAACCUGUUCUUUGUGAUGCUUUAACUGUUAUUUCUACUUUAGCUAAUAUGGAAAUGGCAGAUACUUUAGCACCAUCUGUUCUUAAAUUAUGUUCAGGAUUCUGUGAAACAAAUGUUAAAAAGAGAGCUCUUAUUACAUUAAGACAAUUAUAUAAAUCCCAACCAAAUGUAUUGAACAUUAAUCCAGACUUUAUGAAAACUUUAGAAAAAUUACUUUCUACUGAAAUGGAUUUAGGAAUUAUCAAUGCUAUGGUUUUAUUACUUAUUGAAAUUGGCAAAAAACAACCAGAACUUCUUAAACCAUUUGGAACAGAACUAACUAAUAUUCUUCAAAGAUUAGUUAAUCAUGAAUAUACACCUGAAAUUGAUUAUCAUGAUACAUCUGCUCCUUGGCUUCAAAUUUUAUUAUUUAGAUUACUUUCAACAAUUGAUUUAGAAACAACCACACAAAAAAUUUUCUGGGAUUCAGUACGUAAAGUACUAGGAACAAGUGAUACUUUAAGAUUUGAUAAACCAUGUAACGAAAAAACAAUUCAAAUGUCAAUUAUCUUUGAAGUAAUGUCAAUUGUUAUUAAACAUGAAAAAGAAGAAUAUUUUGAAAUUCUUCUUCCUUUAUUAGGUACUUUAGUCGAAGACAAAGAAGUUAAUAUUCGAUAUUUAGCAUUAGAUACAUUUGUUCUUCUUGGACAAGCAAAUUAUAAAAAUGUAUGUCAAAAUUAUUUAGUUCAUAUCUUAAAUAGUCUUGAUGAACCCGAUGUUACUAUUCGUAGAAGAGCUGUCGAUGUAUUAUAUGCAUUAUGUACACCACAGAGUGUUAGAAAAGUAGUAAAUCAAUUACUUCAUGUUCUUGAAAAUGAUGAAGGAGAAUUAAAAGAAGAAUUAGUUGUAAAAAUUUCUAUUCUUGCUGAAAUGGAUCCUGUUAGAGAUCAAUGGUAUGUAGAUACUAUGUUAUUAGCUACAUGUCUUGGAGGUGAAUUUGUAAGACCUGAACUAUGGGACAGAGUUCUUAGUUCACUUGGAAAUGCAGCCCAAUAUGCAGUUCAAAAAAUUGUUCAAGUUCUUCAUGGAGGAUGUUGGCAUGAAGAAUUUUUAAGAAUGUCAUGUGUUAUUUUAGGAGAGUACCCUCAAUUACUUGGAGGUUUAGCAAUAAAAGUUGCUUCAUACAUCACAAAACAAUUACCAUAUGUAAGUUCUACAUCUAAAAGAUUAAUAUUAACAUGUUUAAUCAAAAUGGCUAAAGAAUUAAAUGAAGUACGUCCAACUUGUGAAAAAGCUUGUCAUAUGUAUCUUUCAGCUGUUGAUGUUGAAGUUCAACAAAGAGCUGCUGAAUACUUAAAUAUUAUGAAUAAGAAUGCAUAUGAAAUUGCUAUCGCACCAUUACCUGAGCGAGCUAUUAAUGAAAAUCAAGACAAUCAAGAAAAUGAAAAGAGUAAUAAGGAUGAUGAUCAAUUCAUGAGCCAACAAGUAUCUGAAUCACAAACUAACCUCAAUAAUUCAAGCCAAAUAAAUGGACAUAUUUCUACUCAAUCAUCUACUCAAACAAAUAUAUUGGAUCUCUUUGGAUCAGUACCAUCACAACAAAUUACUGAAAACCAAACAAAACAAUUACCAUUAGAUCAUACCCCAUACAAUGAACGUGGAUAUAAAGGAAGUGUCUUUACUCAUUCACAUGCAGAUUCUGAAUUAGGAAAGAAGGUAAGGUUUAUUCAUAAAAAAUUACUUUUACAAAAAGAAGGAGUUCUUUUCCAAGAUAGUUGUAUUCAAAUUGGUAUGAGAAUGAAGUGCUCAAAUACAGUUGAUGUUGCUUUAUAUAUUGGAAAUACUCAAGACCAAAAUAUUAAUUUACAAAUUGCUUUAAAAGGUGAAGAAGGAAUUAAUUGUUUGUUACAAACAAAUCAAGUCAAUAUUGAACCAAAAAAACAACAACAAGUAUUAUGUAGAUUUGAAUUAAAACAAUUAUUUUUACAAGCUCCUAUGGUAGGAUUAGCAUAUACAAUUGGAGAACAAAAUACUCAAUUAUCAUUCUCAUUACCAAUUAAUAUUUUACGAUAUAUUCAACCAUUAAAUCAGUCUGUUGAUUUUUUGAAUCAAAAAGAACUUCUUGGAGAUUGUUUACUUCAAAAUCAAAUUCAAACUUCAAUGCAACUAAAAGACCUUCAACAAUUAUUUGAAUUAAAUAAUUUCAAAAUUAUUUCAUCAUCUGCAAAUCAACUCGUUUGUGGUGGUAUCAUUUUAGAUCAACCAAUUGGAAUAUUUGUUGAUGUUCUUGGUGGAAGUUAUAAGAUUGGAGUUGGGUCAUACAAAUUAGCUAUUGCUCAAGUUGUGAAUGAUUGUAUUGGAUAUUUAUUAUCAAAUACCUUCUAA